AGAGCCAGGCUGACCAAUUCCAAUAUGGUGGCCAGCUUGGCAGGUCUAUGGUUCCUGUUGAUGAUAUUGUUGUUCUGCGGGAUCGGGUACGGCGCCUGCAGCCAGGAAGCUCCGCUGGUUCUGGGGCUGCGACUGGAAGAACCGGCGGGUCUGGUGUGCAUGAAGGAUCGGAUCAUCUCGGCGCCAGAAGGAGCGACGUUCAAGCUCCGUCUCUUCGGGACUGAUCUGAAUGGAAGCUGGCCGUGGGUGGCGUUCGCAGGGGCAGCUGGCGGAGCGGCCGGGGCGGUCGGGGAUGCGCCCGACCCGUGCGGGCAGCAGUCCAGCCGUCAGGAGUCCGCUUUCCAGGUGACGGGGGAGUUCGUCCUGGACGAGGAGCACAGCGGGAUGAUAACGGUUGCGGUGCGUCGGAGGAGCGUCUCGGCGGGGGCAGCGGCCAGCGAGCAGACCUACCACCACCUGUGCGUGCUGAGCGGGGGGAAAUGGGCAUCUGCGGGCCCCGACAGGCUGCGGGUAAACACCGACAAGGGUCUGCCCGCGGACUACAUCCCGCCCUGGGGUCUGGCCGUGCUGAUAGUGCUGCUGCUGCUGGCCUGCGGGGUGCUGAGGACGGUGAACCUGAGCCUGCUGUGGCUGGACCCUGUGGAGCUUUACGUCCUCCACAGCUGCGGAUCCGAGGAGGAGAAACGGGCCGCCAAGCGCCUGGAGCCGGUCAGGAGGAGGGGGAACUUCUUGACAUGUUCUCUGCUGUUCCUGUGUGCCGUGGGACACUCGGUCCUGGGUGUGCUCCUGUACCGGGCGCUGGGCUCCAUCCUCUCCGCGGUCUUCACCAGCGGCUUCCUCAUCUUCUUCCUGGCUGAGCUGGCUCCUCACAUCGUGUGCUCCGGUUAUGGCUUCCAGCUGGCGCCGGCUCUGACCUGGCUGGCCCAGGUUUGCAUGGUGCUCACCUGCCCCCUGUCCUGCCCUCUGGGGCUGAUCCUGGAUCUGGCGCUGAGGAGGGACAUCAGCACCUGCGGGAUAAGGGAGAGGGCCAUGGAGAUGAUCCGCACAAGCGUCAAUGACCCUUACAGUGAGUUUGUGAAGGAGGAGUUCAGCCGCGGGACGCUGCGCAUUAAGACGGUGGAGGACAUCCUGACUCCUCUGAAGGACUGCUUCAUGCUGCCCAGCUCGGUCGUCCUGGACUUCUCCACCAUGUCCGAGAUCAUGCAGAGCGGGUACACGAGGGUGCCCAUUUACGAGGAGGAGAGGUCCAACAUUGUGGAAAUCCUAUAUGUGAAAGAUUUGGCCCUGGUGGACCCAGAUGACUGCACCCCCAUGACGACCAUCACCAAGUUCUACAAUCACCCGCUGCACUUUGUCUUCAACGACACCAAACUAGACGCCAUGCUGGAGGAGUUCAAGAAAGGCAACUCUCACAUGGCCAUCGUCCAGAAGGUGAACAACGAGGGGGAGGGAGAUCCUUUCUACGAGGUGCUGGGACUGGUCACCCUAGAGGACGUCAUCGAGGAGAUCAUUAAGUCGGAGAUCCUGGAUGAAUCUGACGGCUACCUGGACAGGAAAGUGAAGCGCCCCCUCCCUCAGCUGGAGAUUCCUCUGGAGCCUCGCAGCGCCCACGAGGAGUUUUCUCUUUUCAAGCCUCCUGAAGGAGAACCCAAGAUCCGCACUUCGCCACAGCUGCUGCUGGCCACACACCGCUUCCUGUCUAGAGAAGUGGAGCACUUCAGCCCCGGACGCGUGUCCGAGAAGGUCCUGUUCCACCUGCUCCGCCACCCCAGCGUCAACCAGGAAGUGCACUUUGACCCCAGCAACCGGCUGAGCCCGGGCCACUAUCUCUACACUCGCAACCACCCGGUGGACUAUUUCAUCCUGCUGCUGCAGGGACGCGUGGAGGUGGAGAUCGGAAAAGAGGGGCUGAAGUUUGAAAAUGGGGCAUUUACAUACUAUGGUGUUUCUGCUCUAACGCUACCAUCUUCAGUGCACCAGUCUCCAGUGUCCACCCAGCGUCACUCUCCCAGGGAUCCCUUUGAGUCAGCAGACGCCACCAGCCCGUCCAGCUAUUGUCCAGACUACACCGUCCGAGCUCUCACCGACCUGCAGCUCAUACGGGUGACACGUCUCCAGUAUCUGAACGCUCUAAUGGCGUCCCGCGUCGGCCAGAGUCCAGAUCCUCCCGAGAUUAAGAUCCUGCCCAACAGUCAGACCAAGCUGCUCAACGACAGAAACACCACACAAGUCCCUCCCACGCAAGAUGCGAGACAGAGAAGCAAGGAAGAGAUGCGAGGGGAAAGGAAUCAAAGCAACACGGUCACGACCUUUCCUGCGAUCCGUCAUCUGAAGCAACGUCAGUUUCUGAUGACGACGGCAAAACUGGAUCACAGCUGGAUCAACUGUCAGUCUGCAGGUUUUAAGAGUUUAAUAUGCCUCGGAGCUUGUAUUUGCAGAGAUAAUGUGAUGUACUGUCCAUUUAGUAAUAACAGCGGUGUAAGUGUUGUCCUCCAACAUGAAAAAAGCGAAGGAAAUAUCUCUGCGUGUUUCCCCUUAAAUAAACAGUUUAAAAAGCAUCUGAAGAUUCAUUAAAAACCUUUAUUUUGUUUUUAUAUUGUGAACAGAUCCUUAAAACCACAGUUUGUAAAGUUACUGCUCAGACGCUGAAAGCACAGAAGCCAAACAGGCUUUAUUUAUUUUAUUGCAUUUAUUGAUGUUUUGUUUGUAAAUUCAUUAUGUAAUUAUCCAGGUUUUGAUGAGAA